AUGGGCUGGCAGCUUGAGGCUGGAGGCAGCACGCUGUUGCUGCUGCCUGGCACAGCCCAAAUCGGCCGCGCAGCAAACGCUCAGAUCCGCUCAUCGCACCAGUCCGUAUCGCGCAUCCAUGCGGAAGUUGUUGUACGCCCUAGACAAGGCCCGCUGGCAGACGUGAGCCCGCUGGAGAUUUGCAUCAUCGACCGCUCGUCCACGGGUCACACCUUUGUAAAUGGCCAGCAGCCCGGUCGAGGGACCCCGCAGAAGCUCUCAGAGGGCGACCUGCUGCACUUCGGCGUGGACCCGGUGAGGUACAAGCUGUGCUGGCGACCCAUGCUGGUGAGCUUCUCCAGUCGCUUGGCUCCUGCGGAGCUCCAGCAACUCGAGGAGAAAGCCCGCGCCACCGGAACGUUUCUGACACCCGACUGGACGCCUCAAUGCACUCAUCUUUUGCUGGAGCAGUUUGCAAUCACGCCCAAGCUCUUGUGCUGCAUCAUCGACGGCGCGUCGCCUGUGUCCAUGGCCUUUCUCACCGAACUUCACCAGCGCGUGGGUGAGCAGACUGAGCUCCGCCCUGCGCCGCCGGCGACAGAGUUUGCCCCUCUUCCUGCUGAAGGCGUUGACGCGGCCUAUGCGGACGAGCUUUCUGCCUACGUGGCUUCGCCACAGAAGAGAAAGGACUUGCUGGCAGGUGUGUGGGUCAUCUUCAGCGCAAAGCAGACGUACGACACGCUGUCCGUGGCCCUCUCGGGCGCGGGCUGCCAAGUGCAGCUCCAGACCCAGGACGCGGCGGCCAACGUGGUGCUGCAGGAGCUGAAGCGAGCGCGGGGCAAGCCACGGGAGGUCUGGGUCAUUCCGUCGCUGCCGCCUGGGCUGGGCGCCGUGCUGGCCCAGCCCCUGGCGGAGCUGCGAUGCCCCGUGCGCGUGGUGAGCCAACAGGCUGUGGUUGGCGCUAUCCUGGCCGGAAGCAACCAGCGCAUCCAGAGCCAGGCACCCUUGCCCAAGGCGGAGCUGGAAAGCUUCCCGGAAACGCACCCAACGCACACCCGACCGGAGAUGGCCACACAGCGGAAGCGGCAGAUCCCAUGGGAGUCCAAGGCAGGGAUGCGAGUCAAAGAGGAGAGCUUUCCGAACACCGUCCAGGAGCCAGGCCUUUGCAGAUCAACGCAGCAUACCAAGCUGGAGGAGGAGAAGGUGGAUGAACACGAGGCACUGGGAGGAGCACGGCCUGUGCAGCACUGCCAGCAGCCGGACCAGCAGCGCGAAGAGGCUCGGCUCCAAGCAGAGAAGCUUCAAAAGGAGCAGCUUCAACAGGAGCGGCUCCAACAGGAAAGGCUGCAACAAGAGAAGGAGAAGCUUCACCAAGAGAAGCUUGAGCAAGAAAGGCGUCAGCAGGAGUUGUUGCAGAAGGAGAGGCUUGACCAAGAGAGACUCCAAGAGGAGAGGCGCUUGGAGCAGCAACGACAAGAAGAGCGACGGCGGCAACAACAAGAGGAAAGGUGUCGAGAAGAAAGGCGCCAGCAAGAACGGUGCCAAGAGGCAACACAACAUCCUGCAGCUCAACUUGAAGGAGUUCGCGACAAGGGGAGCCUCCAACAGAGUGCGCCCUCGCUGAUCGCGCCGAAGCUGGAGGAAGAGAAGAUGGACUUUGGCACGGUCCACUCCAACGCCUCCCUGUCACGCCGGGCUGAUGUCAAGGAGGAGGAGCUCCCGCAGAUCAUUGACGGCGUGGAGCCAAACCUCCACCCGACGAACACCUGGCUGCCUUCACUGCAAAGGAACUCCAAGAGGGCCUUGGUGCUGGACGGCGCAGAGCUCCCGCGUGCCACCUGGUUCACCACCACCAAGCGUCGGGAGCCAGAGCGGCAAGAGGAGCCGGCCAGCGGCCGGCCUAACUUCAAGCGCUUUCGGAAGGCGCAGAGUUCGCCGCCCACACGGCUGGUGGCCUGCGUGCCCUGGGCACCAGCGCGAAACUUCGACGUCUUUGCGUCACAGCCCACCAUGGACACAGAGAGCGAGAUCCCACGCCUUGGAAUGUGA